AAAUCCACGCGAUUUUCGGCAUCGCGCACGAGAGAGACCGAGGCCACCGACCCGCCGCGCCAAGUGCCAACCCAACCCGACCGACGCCACCCCCACCCACGACGCGCAUAUAUGCCGCCGCCGAGCCUGACCACGGGGCGCGACCCUGCCGCCGCCGUGGGCACCGUCGCCACGCGCCGGCGCAAGGAAGAGACCAAGGUCCACCCGGAAGCGGCGGCGGCGCCAGCCAGGGCGACCGGCGCGUGCGACGAGGCCGAUAGGAAGAUGGGCGCGGCGGCGGAGAAGGUGGGGGAGUGGAGGAGGCCCGAGUGGCGCUCGGCGGUUGGGGUGCUGCGGCGGCACCCGGCGCCGGCGCUGUUCGGCUGCGGGCUGCUGCUCUUCAUGGCCGUCGAGUACAGCAUCCCCAUGGUCAAGCCCGACGCGCCGCCGCUCGACCUCGGGUUCCUCGCCACCAAGGGGAUGCACGCCGCCGUAGCCGCGCGGCCCUGGCUCAACUCGCUCCUCGCCGCGCUCAACACGGUCUUCGUCGCGAUGCAGGCAGCCUACAUCCUGUGGGCCAUCCUCGUCGAGCAGCGGCCGCGCGCCGCCGUCGCCGCGCUCAUGAUGUUCACCUGCCGGGGCCUGCUCGGCUGCGCCACGCAGCUCCCGCUCCCCGAGGAGUUCCUGGGGUCCGGGAUGGACUUCCCCGUGGGCAACGUCUCCUUCUUCCUCUUCUUCUCGGGCCACGUCGCGGGUGCGGUGAUCGCGGCCGCCGACAUGCGCCGCGAGGGGCGCCUGGCGCUGGCGCGGCUCUACGACAUGCUCAACGUGAUUCAGGGGGUCAGGCUGCUCGCGUGCAGGGGGCACUACACCAUCGACCUGGCCGUCGGCGUCGGCGCGGGGAUCCUCUUCGACACGCUCGCCGGCUGGUACUUCGACGGAAAGAACGUCGUCGACGGCGGUGUGCCGGAGACGCACUGCCGCAGCUGCCAGUGCCACAAGGCUCUCCUCUCACGGUAGCUUAUUGAUAGGCCCCCAAGUGCCAACCAUCAACGGCCAAUUGGGCAUUAAUAUUCAUGUCAUUUUUUAAAUAUUUUUGUGGAGUCAUUUUUAUGUAAGAGAACUCAAAUGCUACUUACGGAUAUGUAAUUGUACAAAUUGUC